UCCACCUCCAUCUCCACCUCCACCCCCAUGCUGCAGCGCCUGUCUUACCUCCAGGACUCGGAGCUCGUGGCCCGGUUCCAGAGGCGAUGCGGACUCGUCCUGGUCGAAGCCGCGCGCUCGGAGCCGGGCGGCGGGGGGCCGCGCGGCGCGCCGCCGGAGGAGGGCGGACCGGAGACCCCGGAGGAGAAGGAGAACUCUGAAUACAAGGAGAACAGCGUGAGUCUGAGCCGGCGGCCGCCCUCGCUACGAGGUGAGGAACUGGCCGCUGCACUUCCUGUUCCUGCUGUCGGCCGGCCUGGGCCACGAGGUCUUCUACAUCACCUGCCUGCCCUGCAUCCAGUGGAGCCUGGACCCGUUCCUAUGCCGACGCCUCAUCAACAUGUGGACCCUAGUGAUGUACGUGGGCCAGGUGAUGAAGGACGUGCUGAAGCUGCCGCGCCCUCUAUCGCCCCCUGUGGUCAAGCUGGAGACGCGCGUCGACGCCGAGUACGGGCUGCCCUCCACCCACGCCAUGGCCGCCACCGCCAUCUCCUUCACGGUGCUGCUGAGCGCGCCGUCCCGGAUACAGUUCCAGUUCGAGGUGGGUCUGCUGAUCGCUCUGACGCUGUCGUCUCUGGUGUGUCUGAGCCGCCUCUACACCGGCAUGCACUCAGUUCUGGACGUGGUGUGCGGCGCCCUGAUCUCCGCCGCCAUCCUCUUCCUCACCUUCCCGUACUGGGAGGCCUUCGACCGGCUGCAGCUCACCAGCGCCGCCUCCCCGCUCGCCGCCGUCUCGCUGACCCUCCUCCUCAGCUACACCUACCCGGCGCCGCCGCACCGCCGCAGCACCACCCGGGGCGACACCACCACCAUCCUGGGGGCGGGGGCCGGCUCCUCCGUGGGCUACUGGGCAAACCAGCAGCUGGGCCGGACCUUCGAGCCCCGGGGCCCGCUGCCCGCGGCGCUGCCCGCGCUGACGGCGGGCGCGUUGGCGCUGGGCGGCGCCCGCUUCCUGGUGGGCGUCGCCGCGCUGCUGGGGACGCGCCAGGUGGCGAAGACGCUGAGCCUGCGGGCGCUGUACCGCUGGUACGGCGUGCCGAGGGCCGACGCCGGCGCCCGGAGGCGGCGGGAGAUCGAGGUGCCGUACAAGUUCGCCACGUACGCGGCGGUCGGACUCGUCAACUCGAUGCUGGUCAACCGCCUCUUCCUGCUGCUCGGAAUACUGGGAACAGUCAAUGUUUAGACAGCGGAGGACACGGCACGGCCAGGAAGACGGGCUCAUGCGGACCACGACUUAGACACCACGAUUACACAAGGAUUACACCACUAUUCCACAAGUAUUCUACGACUAUUCCACGACUAUUCCACAACUAUUCUACGACUAUUCCAUAACUAUUCUACGACUAUUCCACGACUAUUCCAUAACUAUUCUACGACUAUUCCACGACUAUUCCAUAACUAUUCCACGACUAUUCCAUAACUAUUCUUCGACUAUUCCACGACUAUUCCAUAACUAUUCUACGACUAUUCCAUAACUAUUCCACGACUAUUCCACGACUAUUCCAUAACUAUUCUACGACUACUCCAUAACUAUUCUUCGACUAUUCCACGACUAUUCCAUAACUAUUCUACGACUAUUCCACAACUAUUCCACGACUAUUCCAUAACUAUUCUACGACUAUUCCACAACUAUUCCACGACUAUUCCACGACUAUUCUAUAACUAUUCCACGACUAUUCCAUAACUAUUCUUCGACUAUUCCACGACUAUUCCAUAACUAUUCUACGACUAUUCCACAACUAUUCCACGACUAUUCCAUAACUAUUCAACGACUAUUCCACAACUAUUCCACGACUAUUCCAUAACUAUUCCACGACUAUUCCAUAACUAUUCUUCGACUAUUCCACGACUAUUCCAUAACUAUUCUACGACUAUUCCAUAACUAUUCUUCGACUAUUCCACGACUAUUCCAUAACUAUUCCACGACUAUUCCAUAACUAUUCUUCGACUAUUCCACGACUAUUCCAUAACUAUUCUACGACUAUUCCACGACUAUUCCAUAACUAUUCUACGACUAUUCCACAACUAUUCCACGACUAUUCCAUAACUAUUCUACGACUAUUCCACAACUAUUCCACGUCUAUUCCACGACUAUUCCAUAACUAUUCUACGACUAUUCCACGACUAUUCCAUAACUAUUCCACGACUAUUCUUCGACUAUUCCACGACUAUUCCAUAACUAUUCUACGACUAUUCCAUAACUAUUCUACGACUAUUCCAUAACUAUUCUUCGACUAUUCCAUAACUAUUCCACGACUAUUCCAUAACUAUUCUUCGACUAUUCCACGACUAUUCCAUAACUAUUCCACGACUAUUAACCACAUUUCCAUGACCAGACAUUUUGCGAUAUCUCCGUGUCUCCACGAGUAAAAACCUUAAAAAUGACCCAAAUGAGACAAUAGUUUGAUUAAAAGAAUAAACAUUUAUAUGAAUGUUUAUUCUUUUAAUCGAACUGGAAAUGAACAUGACUGUAAAACAAUGUCCAUGACUUCAUUCAUUACUUUUCCAGGUCUUGAAAUAAACCAUCUUGAAUUCCA